UGCCCCCCAUCGCCCUCCGCGACUCCCCCUCCUGCUCCCACCGCGGGCUCUGAAGCCAGGAAACCCGAGAGGAAAUGACUGAGCCCGUCUUGGUCCCCGCCCGCCAGCUCUCCCCUGGCCACACCCUCCGCCGGGACGCCGCCACCGCCGCUGCCCUCUGUCCACGAGGCUGCCGGCUUGGGACCCCCAGCACUGACAUGUCGCCCUCUGGUUGCCUGUGUCUCCUCACCAUCGUUGGCCUGCUUCUCCCCACCAGAGAGUCAGUGAUUAUCCCCACUUCGCAGAUGAGACAGAUGAGGCUCAGAGAGGGGACUCCACCUGCUCCAGGACAGACAUUGAAGGAGACCACAUCCAUUCCUUCAGCAGACACAACCAUUGUGAGCAUUCAUGCCCUGACUCAAACCCCAGACACAGUCCACCCAGAGUCCCAGUCCACCCCUCAGACAUCUCUGCAAGCUGGUGGAACAACGCAGGAGCAGACGGAGGAGACCCACACCCCACAGCCGACGAGAAUGGAUGUGCUCCCAGCCACAGAUCCGAGGACCGGCCAGAGCAGCCCAGAAGCCACUCCCUCUGCCGCUCCCACUAAAGGCACCACGCUCUCCAAGAGGCGAUCUCCAGGCAAAGACGUCAGGCCGGACGCUGCCCUCGGGCCGACGGGCGCCAGUGAGGACAACCCCUUCUCCUACGACGAGGACACUCUCCGGAAGCGGGGGCUGUUGGUCGCAGCCGUGCUGUUCAUCACGGGCAUUGUCAUCCUCACCAGUGGCAAGUGUAGACGGUUACCCCAAUUGUGCCGGAAUUACAACAGGUGAGACCAUCGGAAGGAGGGGCCGGCAACCGAAUCGAGGGGCACCCCGAGACUGAGUCCCCACCGGCUCACCGUGCCCAGCCACCUCCCUCCCCUCGAUGGGUCUACAGAAUAAUUGGUAGAGCCCAGCCCGAGAGGGAAGACCCAGAUGGAGACAGAGCCGGGCUGAUGCCCCAAGUCCCCUGCCCACCCUGAGGGCUUCCCGGCCCCCUGGGCACUGGCCCCCCCUCGCUCCGGUGUCCCACGCUGUUCAGACGAAAAGUAAAGCACUGUGGUCCUUG